GGCGGAAGGUUCGGUGGCAGUCGUCGGUCUUCCAGCUGGUGGGAGUUGGCUUCACGGUGCAGGGUGUCGGGCCCCUAGUUUAUAUAGUUGGGAAGCUGGGGUGUGAGGUCGUUCCUGUCCGUGUGCUUCCGGUGUUCCUGGGCUUCCUCCUGCGGCGCGGGGCUUCGUGAAGGACUCCCGGGCCCAUAGGGCCACGGCUUUAGCGGUGCUUUUUGCGCUCUCCUUGGCAGAUGUCUCACAGCUCUGGCAUCACAGAAGUCCUAUUGGGGUCUCCACUGCCAACCAGGCUUCACCUUCAGAGCUUCAUGCAAUGCCAUAUCAGGACCUUCUUUAUGCAGAGACACCCCUGCUGCAUGCUGCCUGGCCUUGGUUGCUCUCUGAAACCUCAGAGGAAGAACUGAUGACUUCACUCUUGCAUCUUUCAUGCCUUUAAAGCCAGCACCAGAGUUCCUCAUAAGUACAUCUUAAAGCCUUCAAGAUGGUUCUAGCAGACCUUGGACGAAAAAUAACAUCAGCUUUACGCUCAUUGAGCAAUGCCACCAUUAUCAAUGAAGAGGUAUUAAAUGCUAUGUUGAAAGAAGUAUGUACAGCAUUAUUGGAAGCAGAUGUUAAUAUUAAACUAGUGAAGCAACUAAGAGAAAAUGUUAAGUCUGCUAUUGACCUUGAAGAGAUGGCAUCUGGACUAAACAAAAGAAAAAUGAUUCAACAUGCUGUAUUUAAAGAACUUGUGAAGCUUGUGGACCCUGGAGUUAAAGCGUGGACACCUACUAAGGGGAAGCAGAAUGUGAUUAUGUUUGUAGGAUUGCAAGGGAGCGGUAAAACGACAACGUGUUCAAAGUUAGCAUAUUAUUACCAGAGGAAAGGUUGGAAAACCUGUUUGAUAUGUGCAGAUACAUUCAGAGCAGGAGCUUUUGACCAACUAAAACAGAAUGCCACCAAAGCAAGGAUUCCAUUCUAUGGAAGCAACCUGAUAACAUUGUUUAUGUGAUGGAUGCCUCCAUUGGGCAGGCUUGUGAAGCCCAGGCUAAGGCUUUUAAAGAUAAGGUAGAUGUAGCCUCAGUAAUAGUGACUAAACUUGAUGGCCAUGCGAAAGGAGGUGGUGCCCUCAGUGCAGUUGCUGCCACAAAAAGUCCAAUUAUUUUCAUUGGUACAGGGGAACAUAUAGAUGACUUUGAACCUUUCAAAACACAACCGUUCAUCAGUAAACUUCUUGGUAUGGGCGACAUUGAAGGACUGAUAGAUAAAGUCAAUGAGUUGAAGUUGGAUGACAAUGAAGCACUCAUAGAGAAGUUGAAACAUGGUCAAUUUACGUUGCGAGACAUGUAUGAACAGUUUCAAAAUAUCAUGAAAAUGGGCCCCUUCAGUCAGAUCUUGGGGAUGAUCCCUGGUUUUGGAACAGAUUUUAUGAGCAAAGGAAAUGAGCAGGAAUCAAUGGCAAGGCUAAAGAAACUAAUGACAAUAAUGGACAGUAUGAAUGAUCAAGAACUGGACAGUACAGAUGGCGCCAAGGUUUUUAGUAAGCAACCAGGAAGAAUUCAAAGAGUUGCCAGAGGAUCAGGUGUGUCAACAAGAGAUGUUCAAGAACUUCUAACACAGUAUACUAAGUUUGCCCAGAUGGUAAAAAAGAUGGGAGGCAUCAAAGGACUUUUCAAAGGUGGUGACAUGUCUAAGAACGUGAGUCAGUCACAGAUGGCAAAAUUGAAUCAACAAAUGGCCAAAAUGAUGGAUCCUCGAGUUCUUCACCACAUGGGUGGCAUGGCAGGACUCCAAUCAAUGAUGAGGCAGUUUCAACAGGGUGCUGCUGGAAACAUGAAAGGCAUGAUGGGAUUCAAUAAUAUGUAAAGAAGAUGCCUUACUACAAACUGACUUGGUUGAUUACAUUCUCUGCUGAGACCUCAGUUUCCUCCUUUUUACAAAUGGGGGAAUCUUGCCCUCAUUCUUUUCCUCUCAUCUUUUCCCUCCUUUUCUCUUUCCUUUCUGUCUUCUUCCCUUCUUUUGCUAUAAGGGAGGACUGUCUGGUUUUUGUGGAAGUCAUUUCUAUUUCUGCUUUAUUUUUCUUUUAGUUUUCACCAUCAUAAC